AUGGCCGCCACACGUGGUCUCUGCUCUCUCGUAGUUUUUCUAACCUGCUGGGCAUCUUAUGUACCCCAGAACUUCACCGACCUUGUCGUGAUAAAAACACCAACCUUACGAAGGACAUCUAAGAUAUUUAUUCCCGUAAGAAUUUUGACUCAGGGUAUGUUGAAGGAUUUGCAAAAUUACCAUACUUCAGGAGCUUGUUUACAGUGGCAACUUCGAUGUAGUCAGAAUCUGUGAGACUUGGCUCAAUGAAUCUGUUAUAGACAGUGAAAUCAUUCCAGGAUAUUCUAUCUUUUGCCGAGAUAGAGAGGAUCUUGGUGGGGGAGUAAUUGUGGCUGUCAAAGGAAAUAUUCAAGCUUCUAGA